CAGUGAUCACCUGCGAACGAUCCUGAAGCAGCAGCUCCUCCAUUAAGUCCUCGGAACUGCAUAAACUUGCCAGUCUCUCUGGCGCACUGUCGUGCUGGUUCCAUCGGCUCAGAUUUCGAGAAAUGGCAAUCCCAGUGGCCCCCAGACAAUUAUUCAUUGACGGGGAGUGGAAACAGCCAGUUCUCAAGAAACGAAUUCCCAUCGUCAACCCCACCACUGAAGAAAAAAUUGGAGAUAUUCCGGCUGCUACUUCGGAAGAUGUGGAGCUUGCAGUGGCUGCUGCUAGAAGAGCCCUCACCCGGAACAAAGGCUCGGAUUGGUCAACGGCUUCUGGGUUGGUUCGGGCUCGCUAUCUGCGAGCCAUUGCCGAUAAGAUUAAGGAUAGAAAGUCGGAACUAGCGAAACUCGAAGCAAUGGACUGUGGAAAACCACUAGAAGAAGCAGCGUGGGACAUUGAUGAUGUUGCUGGUUGCUUUGAGUACUAUGCUGAUCUUGCUGAAGGUUUGGAUGCAAAGCAAAAGGCUCCUGUAUCUCUUCCCAUGGACACCUUCAAGUCUUAUGUUCUUCAUGAGCCCGUUGGGGUUGUAGGAUUAAUUACUCCCUGGAAUUAUCCCAUGUUAAUGGCUACAUGGAAAGUUGCUCCAGCUCUGGCUGCUGGCUGUGCUGCAAUAUUAAAGCCUUCUGAACUGGCAUCUGUAACCUGCUUGGAGCUCGCUGAUAUCUGUAUGGAAGUGGGCCUUCCUCCAGGUGUCUUAAAUAUUCUCACUGGAUUAGGCCCUGAAGCUGGUGCUCCUCUGGCAUCCCAUCCUCAUGUAGACAAGAUUGCCUUUACUGGAAGCUCUGCAACCGGGAGCAAGAUUAUGACAGCUGCAGCUCAGCUGCUGAAGCCUGUUUCUUUAGAGCUUGGCGGAAAAAGCCCAAUAAUUGUUUUUGAGGAUGUCGACCUAGAUAAAGCUGCUGAAUGGACCAUCUUUGGCUGCUUCUGGACAAAUGGUCAAAUAUGCAGUGCAACAUCCCGUCUUAUUGUACAUGAAAGCAUAGCGGCAGAAUUUCUGAAUAGAAUUGUGAAGUGGAUCGAAAAUAUUAAAAUUUCAGAUCCCUUGGAAGAAGGUUGCAGGCUAGGCCCUGUUGUCAGUCGGGGACAGUAUGAAAAGAUAUUGAAAUUCAUUGAAACUGCUAAAAGAGAGGGCGCAACAAUUUUGACUGGGGGAUCCCGCCCCGAGCAUUUAAAGAAGGGAUUUUUCGUUCAACCAACUGUUAUAACUGAUGUGACUACCUCCAUGCAAAUUUGGAGAGAGGAGGUUUUUGGACCCGUUCUUGCAGUAAAAACGUUUAGUAAUGAGGAAGAAGCCAUUGAGUUAGCAAAUGACACCCAUUAUGGAUUGGGUGCAGCUGUAAUAUCUAAUGAUCUAGGAAGAUGUGAGCGUGUAACCAAGGCUUUCCAGGCUGGGAUCGUUUGGAUCAAUUGUUCGCAGCCAUGCUUCACUCAGGCCCCAUGGGGAGGCAAAAAACGUAGUGGCUUUGGUCGUGAAUUAGGAGAAUGGGGACUCAAUAACUACUUGAACGUGAAGCAAGUCACACAGUACAUCUCUGAUGAACCCUGGGGCUGGUACCGGAAACCUUCGAAGCUGUGAUGAUAACGGUAUAAACUGCUAAUAAAUUGGGGUUGUACGAGAGGGUAGUGCUAAAAUGUGAGGUCAAUUUCAUGAAGAUAAAAUUCGACAUGGUCGAGUUUAUACUAGUUGUGUUGUUUGUGUUGGACUUCUCCCAUAGCAUUGGCUUGUUGUGCAUGUAAGUAUAAGAAAUUAAGAGUAUCUUGCCUUACAGAGCGGGGUUGCGAGGUCAUAUAUUGAUAUUUCUCAUAUAUCGAAGCUGAAAUUAAGAGCCUUUUCCGGGAAAUAAAUAUGUUAUGGAUUCAGAGACAUGAAUGGUUGAGUUUCUUUAGAUUGAUUCCCAUACAAA